CGGUGAGGAAACACUCCUCGCUCGCACAGCAACCUGCUCCCUGCUCCGCCGCCAGGCUGCUGGCCGCUGGGAGCUGGAGGGACGGAGACCUGGCGCGCUACCCUGAGCGGUUCCAGGCCGGCAGCGACCGAACUCGAACCGCGCAGAUCUUCAGUCCCUAAGUUCACAGGCGUCCGAAGAGGAGUCCGGGCUCAAGCAGGAGGCAGAUAGCACCGGGGCUCUGGCGGGGCGGCGCUGAGCACGCACGGCCCCGCUAGGGUUAAGUCUUGCCGGCUCCCUGCUGCCCGGCUGUCGGCCAGCUGCCUUCAGGGAGAGGCCGGAGCCACUACCAGGGACCCGGAGGGACGCCGCCAGCUGGGGCUGCACCUACAACAGACCCCCCUCCCUGCCCCAUCACUGCUUCGAGGAGGAGCAGAAAGUGGGGCCUGAGGGUGGGAAGCCCCUGCCAGCUCAGCACCCGGGUGCCUGGGGAGCCAGAGGGGCAGCGGGACACCGAGAUGGCCGAUGAUGUUGACUGGCUGGACUUGCCGGGCCGGUGGACCUAUGGAGUUGACCACGGUGGGCGAGUCUUCUUCAUCAAUGAUGAGGAAAAGUCAACCAGUUGGGUGCACCCUGGUACGAAAUCACCCAUCCAGAGUGGACACUGCUUCAGCCCAGAUCUGCCCACGGGCUGGGAGAUGGAUUCCACCCAGGAAGGAGCUGUGUAUUUCAUCAACCACAAUGAAAGACGGAACACAUUUCUACACCCAGUGACCGGCCAGGUCCCAGAGGAAAACAAAAAAUUUGACUUGAAAACAUCGGCUUUGGACAUGUCCAAUAAAGCAGGUGGGAAACGCCCGGCUACCACCAACAGUGACGUAUCCAACCACAACAUGGUGUCUGAGGUCCCUCCAGAGAGGCCCAGCGUCCGGGCCACCCGGACGUCCCGCAAGGCCAUUGCCUUUGGCAAACGCUCACACUCCAUGAAGCGAAACCCCAAUGCCCCUGUCACCAAGGCAGGCUGGCUCUUCAAACAGGCCAGCUCUGGCGUCAAGCAGUGGAACAAGCGCUGGUUCGUCCUGGUGGAUCGCUGCCUCUUCUACUAUAAAGAUGAGAAGGAGGAGAGCGUCCUGGGCAGCAUCCCCCUCCUGAGCUUCCGGGUGGCCGCCGUGCAGCCCUCAGACAACAUCAGCCGAAAACACACCUUUAAGGUGACCGUGUGCUGGGUGGACGAGGCCGGGGCCGGUUCCACGCACUGCCUCUCCCCACAGGCUGAGCAUGCUGGGGUUCGCACCUACUUCUUCAGUGCUGAGAGCCCUGAGGAGCAGGAGGCCUGGAUCCAGGCCAUGGGGGAGGCAGCCCGAGUGCAGAUCCCCCCAGCCCAGAAGUCCGUGCCCCAAGCUGUGCGUCACAAUGUACCACCCCCUACCCAACUCCGUGCCGGGCUGGAGUCACUUACAACAUCUCCCUUGCCACCCUGCAGCCAGGAGAAGCCAGACUCAGAAAACAUCCCACCCAGCAAACACCUCCACCAGCCACCUCACAACAGCCUCCCCAAGCCUGAGCCAGAGGCCAAGACUCGAGGGGAGGGGGAUGGCCGAGGCUGUGAGAAGGCAGAGAGGAGGCCUGAGAGGCCCGAAGUCCAGGGUGAGCCUCUGGUGAAAGUCAAUGGCAUCCAGGCUGGACUGGAACCAGCCUCAGAACCAGGCAGCCCUUACCCUGAGGGCCCAAGGGUCCCAGGGGGCAGGGAGCGGCCCACCCAGCCCAACGGCUGGCAGUAUAGCUCCCCAAGCCGACCAGGGAGCACAGCUUUCCCGCCUCAGGACUCGGAGAGCGGGGGACACCGGCCAAGCUUCACCCCACACGCGAACCCCGACAAGAUUGCCCAGCGCAAGAGCUCCAUGAACCAGCUUCAGCAGUGGGUGAACCUGCGUCGGGGGGUGCUCCCACCUGAAGAUCUUCGGAGUCCCUCUAGGUUCUACCCCAUGUCCCGCAGGGCCCCUGAGUAUUAUGGCCCCUACUCCUCCCAGUACCCCGACGAUUACCAGUACUACCCACCAGGGGUGCGGCCGGACAGCAUCUGCUCCAUGCCUGCCUAUGACCGGAUCAGCCCGCCCUGGGCCCUGGAGGACAAGCGCCACUCCUUCCGCAACGGGUGCGGGUGGAAGGAGCCUGCCAGCUACGGACGGCAGGACGGCACCGUCUGGAUCCCCAGCCCCUCCCGGCAGCCGGUCUAUUUCGAUGAGUUGGAUGCUGCCUCUGGCUCCCUGCGCCGCCUGUCCUUGCGGUCCCACUCUGUGCCCCGCUCGCCCAGCCAGGGCUCCUACAGCCGCACCCGCAUUUACUCCCCGGUCCGCUCACCCAGUGCCCGUUUUGAGCGGCUGCCACCUCGCAGUGAGGACAUCUAUGCUGACCCCACUGCCUACGUGAUGAGGCGAUCCAUCAGCUCUCCCAAGUAUGAUUACCUGGGAGACAGGCGGCCAGUCCCUGCAGGACUGUACCCCUACAACUACCCACCACCCCCCACGGUCCACGAUAAGAUGAUGAGUGAGAGUGAGACUCUCAUCAGUAUGGUGAACCGCAUGGUGGAGAGCUCCUCCCCCAGGGCCCAGCUCUUCAUGCAAGUCCCUCCGUACCCAGAAGUGUUCCGGGACAGCCUCCACACCUACAAGUUAAACGAGCAAGAUACAGAUAAGUUGCUGGGCAAAUUGUGUGAGCAGAACAAGGUGGUGAGGGAGCAGGACCGGCUGGUGCAGCAGCUCCGUGCUGAGAAGGAGAGCCUGGAAAGCGCUUUGAUGGGGACCCACCAGGAGCUGGAGAUGUUUGGAAGCCAGCCCGCCUACCCAGAGAAGCUGCUGCACAAGAAGGAGUCGCUGCAGAACCAGCUCAUCCACAUACGGGUGGAGCUCUCUCAGGCCACAACGGCCCUGACCAACAGCACCGUGGAGUAUGAGAGCCUUGAGUCAGAGGUCUCUGCCUUGCAUGACGACCUCUGGGAACAGCUCAAUUUGGACGUCCAGAAUGAGGUGCUCAACCGGCAGAUCCAGAAGGAGAUCUGGAGGAUCCAGGACGUGAUGGAGGGGCUCAGGAAGAAUAAUCCCUCUCGGGGCACAGACACAGCCAAGCACAGAGGAGGACUUGGCCCCUCGGCCACCUACAGCUCCAACAGCCCUGCCAGCCCUCUCAGCUCCGCCAGCCUCACCAGCCCCCUGAGCCCCUUUUCACUGGUGUCUGGCUCUCAAGGGUCCCCCACCAAGUCUGGGUCCAAUGAGGAGCCCGGCCCACCACGGCCCCCCCUCCCCAAAGCCUACGUCCCCCUGGAGUCUCCUCCCACCGUGCCUCCACUCCCUAACGAGAGCCACUUCUGGCCAUAUCCCAACUCCCCUUCCUGGCACUGCGGUGGCGAGACAGCCAGGGGUCAGCCCAAGGCAAGCUAUGAGGCAAGCAAAAAAGAGCCCCGCCAGACAUCACCCCUGGACACCUCUAGAGACAUCAGCCUUGUGCCCACCAGGCAAGAGGUGGAGGUCGAGAAGCAGGCAGCUCUCAACAAAGUUGGCAUUGUGCCCCCACGGACGAAGUCACCCACUGAUGAAGACGUGACCCCGGCAACGGUGGUGAGGAGGAAUGCUAAUAGGCUCACCAAUGGUCUCUCCGCCCAGCAGGAGCGCCCCAAGAGUGCUGUGUUCCCCGGCGAGGGCAAGGUCAAGAUGAGCGUGGAGGAGCAGAUUGACCGCAUGCGACGGCACCAGAGUGGCUCCAUGAAGGAGAAGCGGAGAAGCCUGCAGCUCCCGGCCAGCCCGGCCCCCGACCCCAGCCCCCGGCCGGCCUACAAAGUGGUGCGCCGUCACCGCAGCAUACAUGAAGUGGACAUCUCCAACCUGGAGGCUGCUCUGCGGGCUGAAGAGCCUGGUGGGCAGGCCUACGAGACACCCAGGGAGGAAAUUGCUCGACUUCGCAAGAUGGAGCUGGAGCCCCAACACUAUGACGUGGACAUCAACAAGGAGCUCUCCACCCCAGACAAAGUCCUCAUCCCUGAGCGGUACAUUGACCUGGAGCCUGACACUCCCCUGAGUCCUGAGGAGUUGAAGGAGAAGCAGAAGAAAGUGGAGAGGAUCAAGACACUCAUUGCCAAGUCCAGUAUGCAGAACGUGGUGCCUGUCGGCGAGGGGGACCUUGUGGACGUACCCCAGGACUCAGAGAGCCAGCUGCAGGAGCAGGAGAAGCGGAUUGAAAUCUCCUGUGCCCUGGCGACCGAGGCCUCCCGCAGGGGCCGCAUGCUGUCUGUGCAAUGUGCCACCCCAAGCCCUCCCACCUCCCCUGCUUCCCCGACUUCACCAGCCAACCCCCUGUCGUCUGAAUCCCCACGGGGCGCCGACAGCAGCCAUACCAUGCGGGUCUGAGCUCUGAUGUAAGCAUUCUCGCAAGCCCUGGCUGCCACCAACGCUGUGAAGCUCCCCAGAGCCACCCGCUGAAGCCCUCCUCUGCCCUUCUGCAGUCCUGGCCCCACCCCGGCCCCAGGCCCCGUGCACUGUGGGAAGACUGCCAGCUGCCAGGCUGGGGGCCAGGGCUGCUGCCAAGAGGAGUCCGGGUGCUUCGGUGUCCACACACCUGCCACGCCUGGCCCUGAAGCCCUCACUGCUCAGAUGGUGGUCCUCAGCCAGGGCCUGAGAUGGUGGGGUGGGGAGCAUCCUGUCUGAUGCCCAAGUCACAGGGAGCCUGGGCCUGACUCUGGCUGGGGUUGUGAUGGCCCUACUGGAACAUUCCUUGAUGGAGAAGACACCCUGGUGGGAAGGAUGCUCUGGGCUGCCUUAGGUUAGGAGUAGAGGUGAAGAGAAGAUGAACACUGCCUCAUCCAGCCCUUCUUGACUCGAAGGACAGCACCUGCCAUCUUCCUCGUCCCCCAUCAGCCCCAUGCACUGCCCCAGCUGUACCCAAGGCUUUAACACAUCUCUGCUUAUGGGCUCUCCUUUGCAGUCCAGUGGAGACUGACCACCCUGCUUGAGCCAAAGACAAGGUGCCGAGAAACGGGGAGACUCCCGGGCCCCCAGAGGGGGCGGUGCAGGCUGGGAAGGAGAGCAGCAGGUCUGUGCAGGGUCUGGCGGAGGUUGGAAGGGGAGAGAGGAAGGCAGAGGUCCUAGGAAAGGGAGGGAAAGAAGCAGCAGGACUCAUUCGCAAGUAAGAGGACAGAGAUGGAGGGGGGAUGGGAAUGGCUUUCUGAGGUGAGCCUUGGUGCAGUGCCCAGGACAGUGCCAGAUUGUCAGCUUAGCACUGCCCACCCCAACCCCAGGGUCAGCGGCCUGCUGAUGCCAGGGCCCCAGGAGGCCUCACCAGUGAGUGCGCGGCUGCCUUCGGCUGAAGCACUGGGCUCGGGGGUGUGGGCUGGGAGUGAGCGGGCUGUGUAGGGCAGCCUGGGACGUAGGCGGCCCUUCGUAGGUCUGGGCCCGGCGUGUGCCUCCCCUCCUUUGGGAACAGAGAGAAGGACCUGUCUUAUGCAGGGUGUGGUCAGCUUUGGGAUCUUUCCUAACCAUUUUUUUUGUGACCUUUCUGGAAUGUGCUGUGGGCCAGCUGAGAGCAUGCUCAGGGAGGGGGGAUGCAGUCUGGGCCUGGGAGGCCAGGCACUGGGCCCCACAUCCCCGGCGCCCCAGGUGAAGGCCAGCUGAGGCUGUACCAGAGAUCCCCUUGUAGGUUGGCCCUUUCGGGAUCCGCAGGCCAGGGAGACCUGGGGGGUGGGGGAGACAGAAGCCCACUCAUUCUUCUCUGCCUCGCCCACCUUGAGAUAAGUGUAGCCAGAGAGGGGGAAGCAGGGAGAGUGCAACCGAACUCUUUGCCAGAGCCGCUGCCCUGGGACUCCAGCCGGACCUCCAGCGGCCCUGGGAACAGCCACUCUGUCUUCCACCAAUUCUCCACUCCUUCAGGGCUGGGACGGUUACUGGUUCACGUGCAAGUAAAGAUGAUAGUUCACUCAACAAAUAUUUACCGAGCGCCUUUUACAUACCAGGCACUAUUCUAGGUACUUAGGAUGGUCUCCUGCUUCCAAGGGACUAUAGACCGAGGGGAUUCCGCCUGUCUUCGCUUCGAGCAAGUUUGGGCUGCACUUCUCAUCUUUAGCCCAGCUCAGGCACCCCAAGCUGUGCAUUCUGCCCCUGGGCUGGCAGGUGGGGCUGGCUCUGAGGUAACCCUCUUCCUCCCUCCCCACACCUUUCUCAUCCACAGGACACAGAUUUUUCAGGGCCUUCCAUGCCUUCCCCUUCAUUUGUCUGUCUGUCCUUUUUUUAAAAAAUGAUAUUUUAAGAGAUACAUGUAAAAUACCAAGGAUUAAUGUCUGUAUGUCUAUCACCUCUCUCAGCUCUUAUUUCAUAAAGCUGGCCCUUUAUGUUGCUUUACAUGCCUUAAUAUAUGUUUUAUGAAAAUUAUACAUAUUAUAGAUAUAUAUGUAAUUAAUAUAUAUAUAUAUUUGUUUGGAUAUCUGAUCCUUUCCUAGAACUCCUGCCCAGGCUCAUUUUUUAUUUUUUUUUUUUUACUUUCCAUACCAUUCCUAGCAUGUUGAAGCUGUACCCCAUGCCUUUUGAUCCAAAGAAGGGGAGAGAAAGACUUAUUUUAAGACAGAUUGAUUUUACGCUUUUAUUAUAAAGCAAAUCUAUUUUCAAGUGUGCAAUGUCUGAAUGGAAUUGGUGAAAAAUGUGAGGAGACCAGGGCGGCUGCCCCUAGGUCCCGCCGUCCACUCUUCCCUCUGCCCAGCAGCCCCCUUCUGCCCAUCCCUCCUCCCGCUCUGCACGGGGCCAGCCCCAGAGCUCACCCAGAGGACACCUUGCCAGGGGAGGACGCUCUCUGGGAAGUCCUGGUCUGAGGGUUUGAUUACACUGUCCGCUCUCGAUGACCCUCCGGGGUUAUCGGAUGUGCCCCUCCGGAGGAAAGUGUUGACGUGUGCUCAGAGGCACGCCCAGGCAGGCACCGAACUGCUAGAUGCGCCCUGGAACCCCCUCCCCCAUCGCCCUGCUGGAAAGAGUGGACAGCUUCAUGGCAGCCUGUGCCAAGCAACACCAAGAAUGCCAGUCUGUUCCUUGACGGACCCAGGGUAUGGAGCAAAGGCCAAAGGAAAUGGUUUGGGAUUCCCGGUCCUUCCGCGUAGACGUGUUCGAGUUCCUUGGACUCCUCACACUCCAUUUCACUUGUCCUCCCUCUAGUCUGGGUCACAUCUGUGGCAUCUGUUUCCCUCUGGGACCUUUCCUCUGGGGCUGCCUGUUGUUAAGGGCCUGGUACCUCGGUCUGGCAUCCAGACUGCACAGUCAGCUUCUGGGCUGAGGAGGGUCCCACGGACAAUGUAGCAGCUCAGCCUUGGCCACGAACCCCAGGACUUUUCUGCAGCCAGCUGUCCCUGGGUGCUGAACUGAGCCAGCUCAGCCUUCCACACUGCUUUACCAACUGUGAAAGUGGGCAAGCAGCUCUUGCUUUUACAGAUAUGGGAAAUAUGGAAAUCUUUUGUCCAGAUCUGGAAUCUGGGGGUUUGGAACCUAGCACAGAGCUUCUCCCAGGACUGGAAGCUUGACCUCCCAACUUUUGACACUUACUGGCCCCCGUUCCCAGCCUACAGCAUCUUGCAAUGAAUGAAUGGGGACCAGAUGGAGGCCCAGAACUGAGUAACCCACCUGGGUAAUAGUCCUAGUACUAAUUUAGAGCCUUCCCAAUUAGCACAUUACCUCCCUGAUCAAUAACCAAGAGGCUGUAAUCAAAUAUUGCUACUGUCACUUUAAAGAUUUUCUGAGGUUGCAAGCUGUGCACAUUUGCCCUUCUGCCUUGGUGAGAGGCACGUUCUCGGGGCCGCGCUGAUACAGCAAGAGGAAACCAAUUCCUUUCCCCUCUGGGCACCACUCCCAACCAGGAAGCUCUCAAAACUAAGGAAAAAUAUAAAAUAUACAUAUAUACAUAUAUCUAUUUAUGCACAUAUUGGGGCCAAUCUGAUUUGCUAGUAUUAGACAAUAAACCAUACAAGGAAAUGUAUGAUCUCAUUGUCUUUCUUUAGUAUAAAAGUGACCUUAGAAGAAGAGUUAAGGUUAAAUAAAGAGAGGGCAUCUCGGUCAGGGGACCCAACAGCUGUAGCAGCCCUUUAGCACCUUUCUAGUCAUCAAGUCCCCUCUCCCAGGGAGGGGCAUCCUGACCGACAGUCUAGCCGUUGGGUCCGCUCUCAGCAGCAUUCUUUUUAGAAAUAGGGACUGAAGAACCCCGUGAGCUCUGCAUUUGUAUAUUGCAAGUUUGUAUGAACCCAGUGCAGGAAAUAAAAUGGUUUGUACAAGU